UAUGAAGAAAUUAAUAUUCCUUGGAGCACUCCUCCUUUUGCUUUAAAUAACUUAUGUGAAUGCAAGUAUAAAUCAAUUAUGAAUUAGAUUGCAUGCAAUUGGCCUAAGAUUUCAAAUGCACAUAUAUGCAUUUAUAAUGCACAGAUAAUGAUAAUGGUGAAUGCUCUUGUGAAGAUGGUUCUACAUGUAGAUGGAAAGAUGGAAUUGGAGAUGAUAAUUGUCCAUGUGGAGGAGCUAAGCCUAGAAGAAGAAGAAGAAGAGUACACGAUGGUCUAUGAA